CAAAACUAAAUGAAGUCAGUUGCUUGCCAUGUUUCUCUGCUAAACAACGCUUAGCGCAGGACGAGAACAAGAAUUUAACGUACAUUACCGCUAAACUUAAUGAAUUAUUAUUAGUAAUUUGAACAAAACCAAGCAAUGGUUUCUGUAAUGGAUGAUUAGAUAAUGAUGGUUUUGAUAUUUUUUCUCAGUUGUCGGUUUCUGUUGAUAAGUCAGGGGUCGUAAACUUUUUGAUAAAGAUAUCUUGUUAUGUAAUUAGUUAGUAGGUAGUACCUAAGUGUUGGACGUGACAGUUGUGUGUGAACUGUGUUUUUCUAUUUAAAGAUGUCUUCCACCAAGCCUGUAACUAAGAAGAUUAUUAACUCACCGGAGACAUGUGUGGACGACAAUCUGCGCGGCGUGGUGGCCACCUACCCUGCACUACAGCUUCAUCCCAGACACAGGGUCAUCACUGUCCGCCAAAAGAGUGACACAGGGAGGGUGGCUAUUCUUGGCGGGGGUGGUUCGGGACAUGAGCCGUUUGCAGCUGGUUUUGUGGGUGCCGGUAUGCUAGACGGCGCUGUAGCUGGUGGGGUAUUUGCUUCUCCUCCGACCGGACAUGUGCUGUACGCCAUUGCGCAGUUGUACAAGUAUAAUACAGGUGGUGUUUUAGUCAUCCUCGGCAAUUACACAGGAGAUAGACUAAAUUUCGGAAAAGCUAUAGAGAAGGCCAAGAUUUUAGGAAUAAAGGUGGAGGGACUGAUUGUAGGAGAAGAUGUAGCUUCCAGUAAGAACAAGACUGGUGGACGCAGUAUGGUGGGAGAGGUGCUCUUCUAUAAGCUAGCGGGAGCGUUAUCGCUAAGAGGCUUCGAGCUGACAGCUAUCCGCGACGAGGCUGCGGAAUUCAACAAAUACAUGGCUACCCUCGGUGUUUGUCUCAGUGCCUGCUCGUUACCCGGUCAGCCACCGCUGUUCGAAAUAGCCUCUGAUGAAAUGGAGCUGGGCGCUGGAGUGCACGGAGAGGCCGGCAUUGAGAAGAUGAAGAUGGGCACUGCUAAGGAAGUCGUCGGCAUGAUACUCAACCAGAUUAUUUCGCAUCUGAAGUUAGUUGCCGGUAACAGAGUGGUUGCGAUGGUAGGCAACUUAGGUGGUACCUCCAUCUUCGAAAUGAACAUCAUCAGCGCCGAGAUUAAGGAUCAAUUAGAAAGAAAGAGCAUCAAAGUGGAACGCAUAUUCUCUGGGCAUUUCAAGACUUCUUUAGAGAUGCAAGGCUUCCAGAUCUGUCUUCUACACCUGAAUAAGGAGAAGGGGGAUUUCUGGCUGGAACUGUUAGACGCACCCACUGCAGCCAGCGCGUGGAGUGGAGGCCAACUGUCACUGAGGAGUGAAGAGGAACAUGUCGAUGACGAGACGUUGCUGCAGGCUGGUCGGAGGAAGGGUGCAACAGGCCCAUCCCUUUCGCCCAAACAGCAGGAUUUACUCCGGGGCAGCUUGCUGGCGGCAGCUGAAGACCUCAUCAAGAAUGAGGCGUUACUAAAUAAAUUGGAUUCUGGUUGUGGCGACGGUGACUGUGGGAUUACUCUCAAGAACUUUGGUUUGGCCAUUCAGUCGUAUUUGAAGACAGCUUCAGUAGAAUACCCGUCGAACGUGCUAUGGGACCUAUCGGAGAUCGCGGAGACUGACAUGGGAGGCACGUCGGGUGGAAUCUACAGCCUGGGACUGUCUGCUGCUUCUCAAGCCUUGGCUAGUGCUGAAUCUAUAGAUGUUGGAUCAUGGUUGAAAGCUUGGGAUAGUGGGAUACAUGCCAUCUCCAAAUAUGGAGGAGCUGAACCCGGAGACAGGACGAUGUUAGACACGUUACACAGCGCUUCAAACACAUUCAGACAAAACCUGAAAUCGGACUUCCAAGUGUUGCUGAAGAAGACUGUGGACGCUUCAGAAGCAGGAGCUAAAGCGACGGCUCAAAUGAUUGCCAAGGCGGGCCGUGCGUCGUACGUGUCAACGGACUACAUACACGACGAGGACGCCGGCGCUCGCGCAGCCGCGCUCUGGCUCAAAGCCAUGCUCUCACACAUUGCUCACAAUGCGUGAACAUUAUCAUAUUACUUUAUUACAAUUUAAUUUCAUUAAGCCGACACUUGAAUAAUAUUAACCUGUAUCGGUAGAUUUCGCUACUGCAGAUAGAACUUUCCCAACAGGACUGACUUUGAAUAAAAAAUACAAUACCAUAAAUAAAUUUGGAGUCGGGAUCUAAAGAAUUCUUACUUAAAACUUAGUUUUGGUAUUUUAUAAGCUUGUUUAGGAAAUCACGUCUAACGUAACGAUUUAGUACUCUUAUACAAAAAUUCAUAAAUAUUGAAGAUUUUUCAAAUUUAAUAAACAGGUACCUAUUGAUUUUACUGAAACUUUCAGAAGGCAUCUAGCGACGCGAGUUUCUUAGGCAAGCCCUAUUCUUUAAACAUACAUGCAAUAUAAUAUAACAUAAUUAUAAUGUAGUCAAAUCUACCGACUUACAGUUUCUUUAGACUUGUUAUAAACAAAUUAACUAAAAUUCGCGGGUUACUCACGUGUAAAUGUUGAGAAAAGCUCUACUAGUUUCGAAGCACAGAGGGGUUCUUCCUCAUGAGCAGCGUGCGCGGACGCGGCGACGUCGCGCAGCCUACUGAUUAUAACAACGUGUUAUAAACAAAUCAAAAGAUUGUACAAACGUACGCAAAAAUAAGUUCGGAGUCCUAUGCUGGUACGGGCCAUAAAACAUAAAUAAACUAUGUAAAAAAGAAAUAAGAAAUAUUCUAUUGAGUCUGUUUUAUGACCAAAACCAGUACUUUAUUUUUUUAUUUUGAAUUUUUUUUUUUAUAUGAAAACCGUGGAACGGAGAUGAGAGUCUUCAUCAGUGCAAGAAAGUAAUAAAGUAAUAUGAAUGUGAAUUGGUACGUGUUUUUAAUCUAAGUAAGCACUAA